UUUGGAUUACAAUUCAUUCUUAGGCAUGGAGCAGCUAUUUAGGUGGUUGUACUCGGAAGCAGAUCUGUCGCCAAUCAAAUUUCUCCUAAAAGGUUUAAUGCUUGUAGUAAAUAGGAGGAGCAUCAGCAACAGCACAGAGUGCAGCAAACAGAUCUAAUGCAAAGACAGAACAGAACAGAAGAGAGGAGAAAACUUUUGGAAGGGUGAAGAAAGAAUUACAGUUACUAUAGGGGAAAAUGCUUCUUAAAGGAAAAAAGAUAUAAACCAAUGAUCAUACAGUUCAUCAUUAUUCAAGCAACAUGUCACGGCCAACGAACAGAAGACAAGAUAAUCACAAAAUAGACUGGCAUUUACCAAGCAUCUCAUCCUCUGCAUCAGCACAUCACAUGAGCAGAGAACUCUUUGUGCUCACCUAUGGGGCUUUGGUAGCCCAGCUGUGUAAGGACUAUGAAAAGGAUGAAGAUGUGAACAAGUAUCUAGACAGAAUGGGGUAUGACAUUGGUAUAAGGCUGGUUGAAGACUUUUUGGCUCGCUCUGCUGUGAGGAAGUGCCGUAGCUAUUCUGAAACUGUAGACGUGAUUGCACAGGUUGCUUUCAAGAUGUACCUUGGGGUUACCCCUAGUGUGAGCUGCAGUAACACAACAGAAAAUGAAUUCUUCUUAAUGCUGGACAAGAACCCUUUAGUGGACUUUGUGGAGGAGCUCCCAGCAGGACGAUGUUCACUUUGCUACUGUAACCUCCUGUGUGGUGUUAUUAGAGGAGCCCUGGAAAUGGUUCACUUAGCAGCAGAAGUUACCUUCGUUCAAGACAGACUGAAGGGUGACGAUGUGACGGAAAUAGGAAUUAUAUUUUUAAAGAAGCUCGAAGACAAAAAGCACAAAAGAAAGAAGUGAAGCUGAUAGAAGGAAUCCUCUCUAACUUACAAUUUGCCCAUUUUUACCUAUUUAGGAAGAAAAUCCACACGGUGGCAAUGGCUUCAUUGAUUCAGGUAUAGUUACAUCUUAGAGUGGUAAAGACAGUCAGAGCAUAUACUCAAAAUGUACUGUCACCACCUCACAGAAUUCAACAUACAUUCUUAAAAGGGACCAGUCCUUUACUCCUUUCACAAGGAAAAUCCCAUUGAUUUCAUCAGAAGUUUUGCCUGAGUAACAAGUGUGUGACUGGGCCCCAAAUCUCCAUCCUAAUUCCUGGUUUUUUUCGUUAGAAAUGUGAUUGUAUUUUCCAGUUUGCUCAUUAGUGAUGCUUCAAAGAUAUAAAGAACUGUGCUUGUACUGAUAUGCUUUUCAUUCUAGCCCUUAUGUUUGUGAACAAGAAAUUGUUUUGCUAUAAAUUGUGCAGUUUCUCAUUCCAAUGCAUCUUCCUUUGUUUCACUUCUGACUAUGGUUUUCCCUUCAUUUUACCCAAUCUGCUCCUACUGAAAUCAAACAGAGAUGUGAUUCCACUGGGAUCAGGUUUUCUGUAGGUAAACAUGACAACAUGCAGUUUUGUUCAAGUGCAUAUUGCAGACCUAGAGAAUUUUUCUAAAUAAUGGAAUAUGGAUGCUGUUUGAGACUAAGCACCUUGUGCAGCUUUAACUUGCGUGUUCUUCUUGAGACUAUAUAGAUUGUUAGCAAACUGAAAAAGCAUGAUGUAUUAUAAU